AUGGCGGAAAGGGAAUCGAGGGGAAUUCGGGCAAAAACCGCGGGUAGAUUUCCGGACUCAACAUGGCGGGCAGGAACGCCGAGUCUCUAUCACGAAAAGUGUGCUCCACAGACUGAAAGAGUGAAGUCUGCUCCACCAAAAACAUAUGCUCAGAGAGAAUAUGCCAAGUGUGAUAUUGUUCGAAAUGAUGAGAUCUGGAAAAAUCGCUGUCGAAACGAAGGGAAAAUGGCAAGGAAAUGGUAUGACUAUGAUACAUUUCAAAAUCUUUAAAUUUUUGUUUAGGGUGGGCAAACAUACAGUUGUACUUUCUUCAGAAGAAUGAGAAAAGAUAUUCCAUGUCAUUUCGCUUCACAAUCUAAACUCACGAGGUUUAAACCCUCUUCAUUCAUAUUUCCGGGUUGGUCUGACUUCUUAAAUUAUUUAAUGGCGUCUUGCAGGUUACACUUCUUUCCCUUGUAUAUUUGAAUAGUUUGUAAAUGUGUGGCAGAUGGUCAGACAGUGCAGUUCAAUUGUGGUUGUAUAACGUCAAUUUGACUAGCCUGCGAAAAGAGCCGUUUCUCCUCGCUCCUCGCCCCUUGGGACGUUUCAGGGGCACCCAACGAGAAUAUUGUUGAAAACCACUUAAACAUAGCAUUGCUUAACGUAUUUUCAUAUUUAAACGGUAGAUAUAGGCAUAUUUUUAUCCCCUAAAAAUUUUUCAUCUGUUUGGAUUUCCUAGCUGAAAGUCUAGUGAUCCAAAAAUUAUAGGGAUCAAAACUUACCUUUUCGAAAAUUUCAGCGAGAAAAAAGGCUUCCGAAAAUUCCAGGUGACCUUUUAAGGGUAAAAAUCCGUUAAAAAUGGUCAUUUACAGUAGUUUUUAGAUGUUCAAAAAUCCUAGGAGAGGUAGGCAAGCAAGGAAUUUUGCAACAAAUGUUCCGAAAAUUCUAGAUCUCAAAUCGUCUUCCGAACAGAUAUUUUCCGAAAAUUUUCGUAUUAUGUAAACAUUGAUUUACGUCAUCAGUAUGGAAUUUCUGUCGCUGAGUCGCAGACGUUCCUCCUCGCGAAAUGUCACCUAGCAGCAAUGAGCAAGGAGAAACGUCUGUUUUCAUAGGGUACAAUUUGACUUUUUUUCAAUAAGAGUCACAAGAGCGGCAAGGGGUUGGUGUUUAGGUGUUUUAAAUGCCACAAAAAAAAUAUGCACCUGCUCCAAACUGUAAAUAAUAAUUUAAAAAAACCCACCAAACUACGCAGAUUGUCCAACCCUUUGGGUAAGUAAAGUGGGAUAUUUUUCAAUGAACAACAAAUCAAGCGAGCAAUGAAGGCGCUAGCCUGUGUUGCAGCCAGACCCAGCUAGAUCAUAUAGAGAACUUGAUAUUAAUAGUCCCUCUGCGCAACGGCUCCCAAAAGCUUGUUGUGGUAUCUGCAGGUUUGCAGGAAAAUCUGUAUCCAUUUCUGAUUGGCUACAUUCCUAACAAGCUCUGUGAUUGGACAUGCUUCGUGCAACAAUCUCGUAAUACUCCACAAGGCUAAAAAAAUAAUGUACAAGUUGCAGGACACACAAAAAAAAUAACAGCACUUUGCAUAGCAAAAGACCAAAGAACUUACAUCUGAUUGUCGGUUUGUUAUAAUUUAUGCUUUAGUAUUAUAGGAAAAAGUUUUUGCCUGCUAGGGGAUAGAAACAGUUCAAUGUUUUUUUCCAAAAUUGCAAGUUUGAAGAAACUGCCUUGCAAAACUAAAGAAAUGAUGAUGACUCAUUGAGCAAAUCGAAAAUUUAGAAGAAGAGCUCAGAAGCCUGAAUCAAAUCAAAGUUAAUACACUGGCAUUGAAAUGAUCUGUAACAACUGAGAUUUCCUAGUCUCCCAAGAGCAAAGGCCACCAGACAUCUCUAGAGUACUGCCCUGUGUAUUCACUGAAGAGGCUGUAAACAAAAGAAAAUUCUGGCUGAUUUGUAAGACAAAAGAAAAAAGUUUUAGGCAGUAUUUGCAAUAGAUUCAGUAUAAAAUUAGCCAGCAAAAAUAGCCUAUAUUUUGCGAUGCCACAAAUGGUUUCAUGGCAAAAUGACAUCUGGAGAGCGAGCACUGUCAAAUUCAUUACUGAUGAGGUGUCACCACCCAGAUCUGUGCAGUGCUUAUGACUGGUUGAAGUAAAUUUACGACUAAUAAUCAAAAGGACUGCCCAGGUCAAGGUAGUGACACAUUACCAGUAUGGAAUUUUUGUGCUGGCUCCUCAGAUGUCAUUUCACAGGGAAACUUUUGGUCAUAUCACAAAAUGUUAGCUGUUGUCUCAGGCUAUGAUAAAAUAUUAUUAACUCUGAAAAAUAAUCUGUUGCUGUCAUUCAAUAUUUUCAGGGAAGAAAACUGGGGAUUUCUCAAAGAUUAUGAUCCGAAGGGAAGAUUCAAGCCACCAAAAGAACUACCAGAUAAAGUCAGUGUAUUCUCAGACAAGGUUCCCAACACUACAAGUCAACAGUUUGGUCACAGGGUGAAAAGUGCUCCAGCAAGGACAAUGCAAAAAUUUGAAAGACUUACAAACUACAGAGUCAAGACCAACAAAGAGUUACUCUGUUAUGACUAA